AUGAACUCCAUCGACCCUCAGCACCAGAACCACCAGCUCCACAGCCAGCACCAGCUCCACGGCUCCCCGGCCAAAGGCGCCCCGGAGGCCCCGGACAUGGCCGCGGUCUACUGCGACAACCUGAGCAGCAUGUACCACCAGCAGAGCCUGCCGGGCCCGCAGAGACCCUCCGGGUACGGCCUCGGGGACUACGCGUCGUCCCCGAACCCGUACCUGUGGCUCAACGGGCCGGCCGUCAACUCCUCCGCGUCCUACCUGCACGGGAACGGCCCCGCGUCCUUCAUCCCGCCGUCCUACGGCUCCCAGCGGCAGUUCCUGUCCGGCUCGCCCGGGUUCGGCGGCCCGGACCUGGGCUGGCUCUCCAUCGCGAGCCAGGAGGACCUGCUGAAGCUCGUGCGCCCGCCGUACUCCUACUCCGCGCUCAUCGCCAUGGCCAUCCAGAACGCGCACGAGAAGAAGCUGACGCUGAGCCAGAUCUACCAGUACGUGGCCGACAACUUCCCCUUCUACAAGAAGAGCAAGGCGGGCUGGCAGAACUCCAUCCGCCACAACCUGUCGCUCAACGACUGCUUCAAGAAGGUGCCGCGCGACGAGGACGACCCAGGAAAAGGAAAUUACUGGACGUUGGACCCAAACUGUGAGAAGAUGUUCGAUAACGGUAAUUUCCGGAGGAAAAGGAAACGGCGCUCGGACCCCAGCAGUGCCGGAGGCGCGGCGGCGGGGGCCACGAAGGCGGAGGACGGCCGGCCGGCGGCGGGCGCCCCGCUGAAGCCCUCGGACAGCCCCCACCUGCUGGGGCCGGCCUCCCCGGACAUGGACGCCAUGGCGGAGAGCCACAAGAGCCCGUCGUCCUCGUCGCCGCCCGGCCUGGCCCCGACCGCCGCCUGUUUCAACAACUUCUACGGCAACAUGUCGGCGCUGGGCGCCGGGGGCCCCGGCCGCCAGGGCUCCCUGGGACUGGUCAACGAGCUGGCCAACAGGAACAUAACGGCCCUCGGGCCCUACCACGGCGGCCAGGACUCGGCGGCGCCGGAGCACGGCGACGGGCUGCACUUCAACCGGGGAGUGUACUACAACGCGUUCGGCGGCGGCGGGCAGGGCGGACAGUUCAACGGCCACUUCUACAACAGCUUCAGCGUCAACAGCCUGAUCUACCCCCGGGAGGGGGCCGAGCUAUAG